UACAAAGUCCUGUCUGCUCCGCUCCAAGUUUGCGAAUCUGCCUCUGGAUCUGAUGAACCCAUGAAGCCUUCAUCAUGCGAGUAAUAGGGCUGACAGGCUCGAUUGCCACCGGAAAAUCCACCUGCUCGCAAACGCUCUCUUCCCCACCCUAUUCCCUACCAUUGAUCGAUGCAGAUCUCCUAGCACGCAAAGCUGUCGAGCCAGGCACAUGGGGCUACAGGCGCAUUGUCGCGACCUUUGGACCAACGACUCCGGACCUUCUUCUACCUGCGUCGGACCCUUUGUGCGGUGGAAAAGAGGAUGGCCCAAACGGCAAAGGCAGACCGUUGAACAGACCGGCGCUGGGCAGAAGAGUCUUUGGCAGCAGUGAGGAGAGAGUAAGAGACAGGAAGAGACUCAAUGCGAUAGUCCAUCCCGCUGUGCGAUUAUAUAUGGCAAGGGCCUUGCUGUAUUACUACCUCCUUGGCCAUUGGGCUGUGGUGCUUGACAUUCCACUCCUGUUUGAGUCGGGCCUGGACAUCUUUUGCAGCACUGUCAUGGUCGUGGCUGUGUCAGAUCCAAAAAUCCAGAUGCAGCGUCUCCGGGACCGAGACCCCCAUUUAUCUGCGGAAGACGCCGAGAAUCGAGUCAAGAGCCAGGUCGAUGUUCGCGAGAAGGCUGCGAGAUGUGAGUACAGGAACAACGGCAAGAAGAACGCCGGAAAAGGUUAUGUGCUGUAUAAUGACGGCGGCAAGGAGGACCUGAAAUUGCAGAUUGCGGAUGUCAUGGUGAAGAUACGCUCAGGAAGUCCGAGGUGGUGGAGUUUCUUGCUCCUGGUUUGUCCUCCUCUCAUGGCUACGGUUGCUUCCUGGGAGGUCCUAAGCAACUGGUGGCUACGACGUAAGACGAGAAAGGAAAGAGGUGAGGAGCUAGCGAAGACGAAAAUGUGAGUUGCGGAUGCGUCUGCGUAUCGGCAUGGAGGCGGGCAGAAGGUCGUUGAUUGCCAAUCCUGACGAAGCUGUGCCUGAGAAUGGUGUCGCCGGGAUAUCUUCAUUGGGAGACUUUCUAGAUCACAGGCCCUAGAGUACAGCAAAGAUGACUAUGUGGGAUGUGUGAUCCAUUCAUAGCACUGUGGCCGACCACAAAAGUGAUCAGUGAUGGAAUCUAUCCACAACAUAACGCCAAACACAAGCCUUUGCUUACCCCAGCAACACCAGAAGCUGACUAUGACCUUACAAAGUCGACUGUUCAGCCGAAACGAGGAUAGAAAACGAGACGACCUCCAUUGUGCCCCGGAGUGUGGUUCCGUUCUGAGCAGAAAAGAGACCCCGUCCUCCUUGCGGAAUAUGGUCGUCCCAGAUUUCCCAUGACGCACACAGCAGGUCUUGCUCGACCCAAGUCAGAUCUUUGUCACCUCUAUGGGAUGAAUAGUGUCGAGAAAGAAUGGUGGCUCGACGAGCCAGGGUACGAUAGGUUUGCGCUUGGACAAGAAACUUCCUCCGUCGUUCAAGGACCGAACGAACUGCAGCAGAGGAUGCAGGAGCUACGGUGGAAAAGGAGUACAUGUGUGUGAUGUGUCCAUACUGCCCCUAUCGAUAUGAAACUUAUAACAAAGUGUCGAACUCUGGGUUGACCCAAUUCGGCGUGCCUGACUUGGACCUUAUGGUCGGACCAUAUUUGUGCAGCAAGGCGAAUACAGGUAGCGCGCCAAAGAACACGAUGAU